AUGGAGGCCUCCUCAGGUUUUGGGAAUUCAGUGACCUUUAAUGAUGUCCAUGUGAAAUUCAGCCAAGAAGAGUGGGCCUUGCUGGAACCUUCCCAGAAGCAACUCUACAAGGUUGUGAUGCUAGAGACCUGUGAAAACCUCACUGCUAUAGGCUACAAUUGGGAUGACCAUAAUAUUGAAGAACAUUUUCAAAGUUCUACAAGUAAUAAAAGGCAUGCAAGCAGUCGUACUGGAGAGAAACCUUCUAAAUCCACUGUAUGUGGUAAAGUCUUCUCCUAUACCACUGAUCUCAUAAGGCAUAAAAGAGCACACACUGGAGAGAAGCCUUUCAAAUGUAAUCAAUGUGGUAAAGUGUUUGCACAAAAGAGUCAUCUCAUAAGCCAUAGAAGAACACAUACUGGAGAGAAACCUUAUGAAUGUAACCAGUGUGGUAAAGCCUUUGCAGAAAACAGUACUCUCUUAAGACAUAAAAGAACACACACUGGAGAGAAACCUUAUGAAUGUAACCAGUGUGGUAAAGCCUUUGCAGAAAACAGUACUCUCUUAAGCCAUAAAAGAACACACACUGGAGAGAAACCUUAUGAAUGUAACCAGUGUGGUAAAGCCUUUGCACAAAACAGUCAUCUCUUAAUCCAUAAAAGAACACACACUGGAGAGAAACCUUAUGAAUGUAACCAGUGUGGUAAAGCCUUUGCAAAAAACAGUACUCUCUUAAACCAUAAAAGAACACACACUGGAGAGAAACCUUAUGAAUGUAACCAGUGUGGUAAAGCCUUUGCACAAAACAGUCAUCUCUUAAUCCAUAAAAGAACACACACUGGAGAGAAACCUUAUGAAUGUAACCAGUGCAGUAAAGCCUUUCCACAAAAAAGUCAUCUCAUAAGCCAUAAAAGAACACAUACUGGAGAGAAACCUUAUGAAUGUAACCAGUGUGGUAAAGCCUUUGCAGAAAACAGUACUCUCUUAAGACAUAAAAGAACACACACUGGAGAGAAACCUUAUGAAUGUAACCAGUGUGGAAAAGCCUUUGCAGAAAACAGUACUCUCUUAAGACAUAAAAGAACACACACUGGAGAGAAACCUUAUGAA